GCAUGUAGUUGAGAGUACUUGGUUUUGCUUUAGAGUGCAGACAAGCUAUCUGCUCAAGAUACUCAGUGUGUCUUUAGUACGACGUUAUCAUGUUUUUCAUUCGCCUCACGGUGUAAUAGCUGUUAGUUAUCGUUUAUGUGGCGUCGUUCAGUCGUAAAGGCGCGAGUGGGAGAUGACAACAGCUCCCACUUGGUGUGUUCACAAAACGAGCAGUCACUAGGUAGAAGCAAAUCCCGGAACUUGAAACGGUAGGAAGUGAGCUAACGUUAGCUAGCUUUUUGUUGACAGUGUGCUUGCUGUCAAACCAGAAACCGACCUAAGCAGAAGUACCCGGAGUUAGUUAGCUACCUACUUGGAGACUUCAGCCUGCCGUACUUUUAUUUGGGCCGAAUUUGGUUUGAAGUUCCCGUCACUUUUAACCACUUGUGGCUCUAGAAGAUGGCAUCGAGGGGAAGCUUCACGGGUCCUCCGAUGAAUCCGAGUAUGAGCCCCAUGAAUGUUGGGCACGCCGCGGGCAUGAGGAUGCAAGGAAUGCCCCAGCCUCCGGGGGGAUAUCCCAGAAGCAUGAGCAGCGUUCCCCAAUACCCCCAGCGCCCUGGGAUGCCAUCCAGCAGAGUGGGGGGCCCCAUGGGGUCAAUGGGGGGUCAGCUGCCUGGUCCCUCUUAUGGUAGCAGUAGCAUUCCCAUGCGGGCAGGCAUGGGACCCCCAAGCAUGGACGCCUCUAGGAAACGGUUUCUUCAUCACCAGCACCACCAACAGCAACAAGAGGCGCUGGGAGGCCUCAGACGAGGAGCAAAAAGGCGCAAGAUGGCUGACAAGGUUCUGCCACAAAGGAUCCGAGAUCUGGUCCCGGAGUCCCAGGCCUACAUGGACCUCCUGGCCUUUGAGAGGAAGCUGGACCAGACCAUCGCUCGAAAGCGUAUGGAGAUUCAGGAAGCCAUCAAAAAGCCCAUUAUGCAAAAGCGCAAGCUCAGGAUCUACAUUUCCAACACGUACACUCCCAGCAAACCCGAGGGUGAGGAGGCGGAGAAGGUGUCCUCCUGGGAGCUGAGAGUCGAGGGCAAACUCCUGGAGGAAGCUGGCAAGCAGAAGAGGAAGUUUUCAUCUUUCUUCAAAAGCCUGGUGAUUGAGCUUGAUAAGGAGCUCUACGGGCCUGAUAACCACUUAGUAGAGUGGCACAGAAUGCCCACCACUCAGGAGACGGAUGGUUUCCAGGUCAAAAGGCCAGGAGACGUGAAUGUUAAAUGCACCCUUCUGCUCAUGCUCGACCACCAGCCCCCUCAGUACAAACUGGAUCCACGGUUGGCUCGCCUUCUGGGUGUACACACACAGACACGAGCCAGCAUCAUGCAAGCUCUCUGGCUUUACAUCAAGAACAACAAGCUGCAGGACAGUCAUGAGAAAGAGUACAUCAACUGCAACCGCUAUUUCAGACAGAUCUUCGGCUGUCCACGCAUGAGGUUCUCUGAGAUUCCCAUGAAACUGGCGGGCCUGCUGCAGCACCCUGACCCCAUUAUUAUCAAUCACGUCAUUAGCGUGGAUCCCAACGAUCAGAAGAAGACCGCAUGCUAUGACAUUGACGUGGAAGUGGACGACCCACUUAAGGGUCAAAUGAACAGCUUCCUGUCUUCUACAACCAACCAGCAAGAAAUCGCUGCCCUCGAGAUGAAGAUUCAUGAAACCAUUGAGUACAUUAACCAGCUGAAGACCGAAAGAGAUUUCAUGCUGAGCUUCAGCAAUAAUCCACAGGAGUUCAUCAAGGAUUGGCUGAAGUCUCAGUCCAGGGAUCUGAAGUUGAUGACAGAUGUGACUGGAAACCCAGAAGAGGAGAGGAGGACCGAGUUCUACCAUGAGCCCUGGGUGCCAGAGGCAGUGGGCAGAUAUGUUUACUCCAAAGUGCAGCAGAGAAGACAAGAGCUGGAGCAGGUGUUGGGUAUCCGACUCACCUAAGUACAAUUCUAAAGGAGGCACAGCCACCUUAGGUUUACUCAUGAGUUGUUAAUGUUCCACUCAGCUGAAACUGGAAAGAAUUCUUUCACCUUUAAAUGUUCAGAAAGCCAUCGUCACUGACGCAAAGUUCGGGGACCAAAGUGAUGCUUAUAUGACCUUUAAUAAUAUCUUUGCCUUGUAGUAUCUGAUAUAUUGAGCCUGUUUAAAUAACCUUUAUCCUUUUUUUAUUUUUGCAAUAUGUUUUGUCUCUGGUACAAAAUGCUGUUUAAGCACUGGUGCUGUUUGGGUGUUUUCACUGUCACUUUGAGUGCUGUUUUGAAAGAGGUAUGUGUUUACCCUUACAUUGAAAAGCCAUAAUUUUUAGAUAAGAGUAAUGCCUGAUCUUCCUGGAGGCAUGGUAGAAUUAAGCAUUUCAUUCCAGUGUGUAUAAUACAUUUAAUGCUUUUGCAGCAUUUUUGAAAGUUGAAAUGAAACAUUCUGAUUUUGUGAAUGUUUACAUGCCGUUUUUAUUUGUUAGUGGGGUGAUUCGAGGGGAAGAGGAGCUGAGGCUCUUUAGAUUGGAUGGAUCCAUACCUUCAAAGAAAGUUAACUGCUGUUAAUAAUUUGAUAGGAAUGUAACUGCAGUAUGUCAGCUAAAAAAGGAAAAAAAAAGUGCCAAAAUAUUGUGUACAGUUUAUAGUUUCAUGAGUUAAAGCUUUGCUGUUUUGUUGACUUUUUGUACAUCAGUCUUAAAGUUCUUGAAACAUUCCUUUUUGACAGAUAUCAUUGUGCCAAAAUGUCUUUAGUGAAGAAGGCACAUAGAAUUUAAGAUGAGGUAAAAACGUUGUGUACAAAUGUUAUUUUUGUACAGCUUCUCUUUGUUAAAUGUUUGCAUGUUGUGUAUCAAUCAAAAGCCUUUAUCUUUUAUACAUUUGGAGUAUUUUUUACAAUAAAUAUACUUACAAAUG